AUGGCAUUCUUCUGGCAGAUGGUUGGAAAAGCGAAGUGCAUCUGUGUUAUGGACUUAUACUCUGUCAAUAACAAAUACCGCAAAGCUGAGAAUACAGAGCUGCUGAUACAGAAACCACUGCAGGAAAAUACUGACCACACCUCACUGGUGCCCACUCACACAUUGACUACACAUACCAAGGCCCUUAGCAGCAAGAUUAAAGAACAAAAAAUUAUUGUGGAUGAACUUUCUAAACUCUAUACUUGGAAAUUAUAGAGGUAGCAACAGAAAAGCAAAAUAUUCUUUCUUGCAGAUAAGAAAUUUCUAAAGCAGCAUUUUCUGAAUGAACUAAGGAAAAGAUACCAAGCAUUAGGAAACUCAUAAACAACCAAAGUCAUGACCCAUUCACCCUGA